CUCCGUUUUUUCUUUUUGCUAGAUAUCGUGGAUGGAAGUGACCUGAAGCAGCUUUUUGAGAACAAUUAUUCUCAAAUUUUUUUUAUCUUCUAUGAAAACUUCAUAACACUGGAAAACAGCCUGAAACAAAAAGGGAAUAAAUCACAGAGGGAGGAGCUGGACUCCAUUCUCUUUCUUUUUGAAAAAAUAUUGCAACUACUACCUGAGAGGAUUUUUUAUCGAUGGCAUUUUCGCAGUAUAGGGUCGAUUUUGAAGAAACUUUUGCACACUGGAAACUCUCUCAAGAUAAGAUGUGAAGGAAUCCGACUGUUUCUUCUCUGGCUUCAAGCACUUCAGACUAACUGUACAGAAGAGCAGAUAUUAAUAUUUGCAUGCCUGGUGCCUGGGUUUCCACCCGUUUUGUCCUCACGAGGUCCCUGUACACUAGAUAACGUCAUUAGUCCUCCUAAUUCACCAGAUGCUAAGAUUUUUCCAGAAGAAAUUACCCCACUUUUGCCAGCUGUCUCUGGAGAGAAAAUUGCUGAAGACCAAACCUGCUAUUUUCUUCAAUUACUAUUAAAAUAUAUGGUAAUUCAGGCUGCAAGCUUGGAGUGGAAGAAUAAGGAGAACCAAGACACUGGUUUUAAGUUUCUCUUUACCUUGUUCAGAAAAUACUACCUUCCACACUUGUUUCCAUCUUUUACAAAACUAACUAACCUCUACAAACCUGUUCUAGAUAUUCCUGAUACAAGACCAAGACCUGUAUACAUUACUGCAACACGAAACAAUGAAAAUGUCUACAGCACAAAAAUUCCAUAUAUGGCAGCUCGAGUUGUAUUUAUUAAAUGGCUUGUUACUUUCUUUCUUGAAAAGAAAUACUUAACUGCUGUUCAGCAUACAAAAAAUGGAGGAGAAAUGCUCCCUAAAAUUAUCCAGACUGUUAGUGUUGGAAACCAAGAUAAAAACCCUGAACUGGAAACCAGCAUGUCUUAUGCAAGCGAGCAAGAGAGAAGCCAUUCCAAUAGCAGCACGUUGUCUGACCGCCGGCUCAGUAACUCAAGCCUCUGCAGCAUCGAGGAGCAGCAUCGGACUGUCUAUGAGAUGGUGCAGCGGAUCCUCCUGUCCACACGAGGAUAUGUUAACUUUGUCAAUGAGGUGUUUCGGCAGGCAUUUUUGUUGCCUUCCUCUGAUAUAUCUGCAACACGAAAAGUGGUUAAGGUGUAUCGAAAGUGGAUCCUGCAGGAGAAACCUGUGUUCAUGGAGGAGCCAGACAAAAAGGAAAACAGUGAGGAUGCAGUUAUCAGCUUAGAGGAUUCAUCAGCGCAAACGGAUGGUAAACAUCUUUCCUCUGACCAUUCAGGACAUAAGCGCUCAUCCAGCUGGGGAAGAACGUACUCCUUUACCAGUGCUGUUAACAGAGGAUGUGUAUUAGAAGAUGAGGACAAAAAUGUUAAAGCUGGUGCUCAAGCUGCGUUACAGGUGUUCUUGACAAACUCUGCAAAUGUUUUUUUACUGGAACCAUGCAUUGAAGUCCCCGUGCUUCUGAAGGAGCAAGUUGAUGCUUGCAAGGCAGUUCUCAGUAUUUUUAGGCGCAUGAUAAUGGAACUAUCAAUGAAUAAAAAGACAUGGGAGCAGAUGUUACAGAUACUCCUCAGAAUAACAGAAGCAGUGAUGCAGAAGCCAAAAGAAAACCAAAUAAAGGAUACGUUUGCUCAGAGCAUGUCAGGAUUACUUUUCCGAACUCUCAUUGUGGCUUGGAUCAGAGCAAACCUGAGCGUCUACAUUUCUCGGGAGCUGUGGGAUGAGCUUCUUAGCGUUCUGUCUUCCCUGACUGACUGGGAGGAGCUCAUAAAUGAGUGGGCCAACAUCAUGGACUCUCUAACAGCAGUGCUAGCAAGAACUGUGUACGGGGUGGAAAUGACUAACUUACCCUUGGAUAAGCUCAGUGAACAGAAAGAAAAAAAGCAGAGAGGAAAGGGUGGUGUUUUAGAGCCUCAGAAGACAGCUGUAGUGGGAAGAUCUUUUUCAUUAAGCUGGAAGAGUCAUCCUGAAGUUGUGGAGCCCAUGAGAUUCAGAAGUGCCACCACCUCUGGAGCUCCCGGAGUUGAGAAAGCAAGAAAUAUUGUUCGUCAGAGAGCAACAGCUAAGCGAAGCCAGUCUAUCAGCAACUGUGUUCAUCUUUAUGAGGCUUUGCCAGCUACUAAAAGUGUACCUCUUCUGCUUCACACUGUGAGCUCUCUCUUACCUGGUAUCUCUUACACUUCUUGCUCUCACAGACUGUCAGAAGUUGAAGAAUCUCAGCAGUCGGAAAGUUUGGCAGGAGCAGAAGCUACAGGCCUCUUUGUAGACCAAGAGCAGCAGCUCACUCGAAGUAGCAGCACUUCAGAUAUUGCAGAUCAAUUUCCAUCUGAUUUUUUUCAAGGCAAAAAGGCUGGGAGUUCUCACAAUUUGACCACUUUAGACUCCAAGUCAAUUCAGGAGAAUAAGGAGUGUAUGAAGAAGGAACAUGAAGCUGAGCAUGUACCAGUACGAAGGAGCAGUAGUACAGCUGAAUUGGAUUUGAAAGCUGACUUACAGCAAACACAUGGAAACCAUAGGGAGAGAGAAAAAAGUGAAAGUGUUAGCAGUGACACAUCCAUUGGGUAUAAUAAUGAAGUAGAGAUUGCUCUCAUCCCUUGGCAAGCCUCUGAAGAAGAUCAGGAGGUUAAUGCAUCAACAGAUGUCUGUGUGGAUCCUGAUGCACCUCGCUGGCUUCAGCUUAGUCCUUCAGAUAAUGCAAAUUUAACAGACAGCAGUGAGUUCCUUGCUGAUGACUGCAGUAUAAUUGCUGGUGGAAGCCUCAUCGGUUGGCAUCCUGAUUCUGCUUCUGUGUUAUGGAGGAGGAUCUUGGGAAUUCUUGGAGAUGUGAACAAUAUACAAUCGCCUAAAAUUCAUGCAAAAGUUUUUGGGUAUCUCUAUGAGCUGUGGUAUAAACUUGCAAAGAUAAGGGAUAACCUUGCUAUAAGCGUGGACAAUCAGUCUACUCCCUCUCCUCCUGUCUUAAUUCCUCCUCUCAGAAUAUUUGCAUCAUGGUUGUUCAAGGCAACUACCCUGCCAAAUGAAUAUAAGGAAGGCAAACUUCAGGCAUACAGGCUGAUCUGUGCUAUGAUGACGAGACGUCAAGAUGUUCUGCCAAAUUCAGAUUUCCUGCUUCAUUUUUAUUUUGUGAUGCACCUUGGUUUAACAAGUGAAGACCAGGAUAUCUUGAAUACUGUCAUAAAGCAUUGCCCACCUUGGUUUUUCUUCCUGGGCUUGCCUGGCUUUACGAUGCUGAUAGGAGACUUCAUCACAGCAGCAGCCAGAGUGCUGAGCACGGACCUGCUGGAGGCUCCCCGUUCAGAAGCCCAUACCAUCCUUGGGUCUCUUGUUUGCUUUCCAAAUAUCUAUCAAGAAAUCCCACUAUUGCAGCCCAUUUCAGAAGCUGGUGAGAUCAUUGCAGGGAGUGCCGAUGUAAAGUGCUACCUCAUUAAUAUUUUACUGAAGAAUGCUACAGAGGAGCCAAGUGAAGCUGCAAGAUGCAUAGCCAUUUGUGGCCUUGGAAUUUGGAUAUGUGAAGAACUAACACAGUGCACAAACCACCCUCAAGUGAAGGAAGCAAUCAAUGUCAUAGGUGUGACACUAAAGUUUUCUAAUAAGCUGGUAGCUCAGGUAGCCAAUGAUGUUCUUCAGCUGCUUGUUUCUUACUGGCAAAAGCUGCAGGAGUAUGAAUCAUCCCUGCCCAGAAAAAUUACUGAAAUCCUUGUGGCCACUAUUGCUUUUCUUCUGCCAAGUGCUGAAUACUCCUGUGUGGAGGCAGAUAAAAAGUUUAUAGUUUCAUUGCUACUUUGCUUGUUGGAUUGGUGUAUGGCAUUACCUAUGAAAAUGCUGCUGGAGCCAGUGUCUGCUGGUGUCCUUGAAGAUCAGCAUGCAUCCAAAGCUCCUUUACUGGACUAUAUUUACAGAGUUUUGCACUGCUGCGUGAACGGCUCCAGCACGUACACCCAGCAAAGCCACUACGUGCUGAGCCUUGCGGAUCUGUCGUCUGCUGACUACGACCCGUUUCUGCAUCUGGAGAAUGUCACGAGCUGUGAGCCAGCCCAGUGCCACUCUGCCACCGAUCUGGGCAACCUGCUCACUGUUGCCGAAGAAAAAAGGAGAAGGAACUUAGAACUAAUACCUUUAACGGCACGGAUGGUUAUGACUCAUCUGGUGAAUCAUUUGAGCCACUACCCACUCAGUGGAGGUCCUGCCAUCCUCCACAGUCUCCUUAGUGAGAAUCAUGACAACUCAUAUGUGGAAUCCUCUGAGCUCUCAUCAGAAGUCUUCCGGAGCCCCAACCUUCAGCUCUUCGUGUUUAAUGACAGUACUCUUAUAUCAUACCUCCAAAUUCCUGCAGAAAAGAGGAAAGACACUGAGCCAGCAGUAGCCCCCUCGGAUGUAAGGGUAAUUGUCAGAGAUAUCUCAGGGAAGUACUCUUGGGAUGGCAGAAUAUUGUAUGGACCUUUGGAGGGCUGCCUUCCACGGCAGAACACAGCAAACUCAUUUGUGAUUUCAGGCAGCUGUGAGCACCACUUCAGUUCCCAAAAAGACAUUUCUCAGGUGGAAGAAGGAGAAGAUGCUCUUGACAAAUUACUGGAGAAGAUUGGUAACACUAGUCCUGAAUGCCUUUUACAUCCCCAGCGGAAGCUGAAUGAGCCAUCGCCACCACCCUUUGGUAUGAGCCACGACCAAGAGAAUGCAAUCACUGAAGCCCUGAUGAGGCAAAGUACCCAGGAAAACGAGUACAUUUUAAAAUGCAGCUCAGACUUUAGUAUGAAGGUGGCCCGUCAGGAAGAACCGCGUCCUGCUGAACCUCAAGCAUCCUUUUAUUUCUGUCGGCUGUUGCUAAAUGACUUGGGAAUGAACUCCUGGGAUAGAAGGAAGAGCUUUCACCUUCUUAAGAAAAAUUCAAAAUUACUGAGAGAACUGAAAAAUCUGGAUUCUCGCCAAUGCCGUGAAACUCACAAGAUUGCAGUGUUCUACAUUGCAGAAGGACAGGAGGACAAAUGUUCAAUACUGUCCAAUGCCAGGGGAAGCCAGGCAUAUGAAGAUUUUGUUGCUGGACUGGGUUGGGAGGUUGAUCUCUCGACACACGGUGGGUUUAUGGGCGGCCUGCAGCGCAACGGCAGCACUGGACAAACAGCACCCUAUUAUGCUACCUCUACUGUGGAAAUCAUUUUUCAUGUGUCUACAAGAAUGCCAUCAGAUUCAGAUGAUUCACUGACCAAAAAGCUUCGUCACUUGGGAAAUGAUGAGGUUCACAUCGUCUGGUCUGAACAUAACAGGAACUACCGCAGGGGCAUUAUACCAACAGAUUUUGGAGAUGUUUUAAUUGUUAUUUAUCCGAUGAAGAACCACAUGUUUUUCAUAGAAAUAAUGAAGAAACCAGAGGUGCCAUUUUUUGGUCCUCUCUUUGAUGGAGCCAUCGUGACUGCAAAGCUGCUGCCAAGCCUCAUAUGUGCCACGUGCAUCAAUGCCAGCAGAGCCGUCAAAUCGCUUAUCCCUCUCUACCAGAGCUUCUACGAGGAAAGAGCUCUGUAUCUUGAAGCAAUAAUCCAGAACCACAAAGAAGUAAUGACAUUUGAGGAUUUUGCCGCUCAGGUCUUUUCUCCCUCUCCCAGCUACUCCCUGGGUGGAACUGGCUGCCUCACCGCCAGCACCAGCGCCGACCUCGCCGUCCCCGCAGGAGCAGAGCCAGCAGAGCUGACCUCAGCGCCGCGCAGCGCCGGGAGCAAAGCCUGCGGGAGGCUCCGCCGCUCCGCCAGCGCGCUCAGCAAGGCUCCCAGCUGACACCCAGCACCCUCCGGGGAACCCCUCGCCACGCACCGGGCUCUGCUCCUCGCCUAAAGGACCCCCCACUUGGGAUGGGCGCUUGUUGGAGGAGAUGGGCAGCAAGCACUUUUCCCCCCACCUCAUCGCACGAGGGCACGGAGCAGCGCUGAUGCCCGUUGCCUCACGUCGUCUCAGAGCACUGAUUUCAGUCAUUCCGUCCAACGAAUUGUGAACCGGGGAGUUGUGACAGAGCAGAACUGAGCUUUGUAGUGAUGAGGCACGUGCUGAAUGUCCUCCUCUGGAGCACGGGCGAGUGAUCGGGUGCUGCUCAGCAUCUGUUUCACCUCUGCUCCCGUCUCGUUUUCAGCAGCCAUCCGAGGCAGUUGUUGUGCACGGAGCAAAGAAUUAGUGAUAAUCAGUGAGGCCCAUUUAUCUGAAAUUCAGGAGGCUGCUGCCAAUUUCAUAGAAUGGCAGCACCUGCUCUGAAAUCGCUCCGUUUACCCGUGCUAUCUUGUUCAGGGUCAUCCAUCACCACCUAUUGUGGAGCAUCCGUCCCCACACUGAGGAUGCUGUGGCAGUGCACACGCUGGGCUGCUCUCCAUGCUGCUGCACCAGUGCAAGGUGAGCCGUCCCCUGGCUCCACACGUGGUUUGGAAAGGAGUCCUCUUCCUCAGCCUUGCCCCCAGGGCUGCUUCAUCCUUCACAGUAACGCUUGCAGGGGCUGUGCGACGUGAACUGCUGUCCACAUGUGGAGAAACACCCAGCCACGUUUCUUUCAGAAGAUGAAAUGCUGCACAUCUGCCUGACAGCUUCUCACCAGGGUGUGACUCACUGCGGGACGGCGCGCUCCCCACGUCACCACUUUGCCUUUUCACAGCACUGGGGCAAUAAUCUGCAAGGGGAAGCAUCUCUGAUGAGCUAGAAUACAACACAUCUGAAGGCUCCCAAGGAAAUGUAACAUCCUGAUGGCACUUUGUGUAGUAAGCAGAUCUUUUGGAUGGGAAAUGUAUUUCACUCUGCACGUAUCACAGGCUUCCAGGUUGAAAACUCAUAGCUCCUGCUCUAGAUUUGGGUUUUGGAUGUUGUGGACACUGGUGUGUCUGCCCAGUUCUGGAUGUUGCAUCAGAUACCUCCGGCCUUCCUCGUCCUCCUCAGGUCUCACUCCUGUUGCUUUUUUGUUCAACUGUUGUUCAAUUUUUGUGUUUUUGGGGUGGUUUUUUUGUUUCUUCAAUGCCACUUAGCCUUGAAGCGCACACCUCCGAACUCAAUGUGAUGUAUCGAAGUGAUGGGAACCGAAGCAAAAUGCUCCAUUCUGCCUUCUGGUUUUGCACUUCCUACACGUUAACACGAAAGUCUGCUGUCGUGCCACCACUCCAUGCUGCUGCCGGGUGGAUGCAGAAGAGCACUCUGGGCACUGAUGGUGGCAGCCCUUCCAGGUGGCUCCAUGCAGCAGUCAGGUGAUGAGGCACACGGCUGGGCUUGGGGUGAGCACAGCGAUGCUGCAGGCACAGAGCUCUGCGUGCUGAGCGCUUGGAGUGCCGCUCCGCCUGCCUGCCUCACCCUUUGCUUUUGUUCUCUACUGAUCGGGGAGGGGAAGUUGGAAAAUAAAAUGUGUAUUUUAAUUUAUUUCGUUUUUCGCAGCGGAAUACACGAGGCUGUCUUGUUCUUUAGUUAUCCCAUGGUCUGAAAUCAUUUCAAAGGUGUUCUGAAUAAAAUGAGCCGUUUCUCUUUGGAGCAAUACUCAUCCCUCUUUCGGGGAAGAAUUAAUAAUAUUUUCCUGAUGUCAAAACAACAUUGACUUGUGAAAAUUCAGCAUUGGUUGCAUACUGUGCAGUCAGACACGGAGCUGCUCCAUUCCCCCUGGUGCCCUGAGCAGAGUGAAGCCACACCAUGAUGGUGCACCGUGAUGCUGGAGCUGCCAUCCCAGUCAGGGCAACUGGGGGAGAACAGGGAGGGCUCUGCUGGGCUGAGAUCUGCAGAGCUGCUACUGAACGUUACUUCUGUACGGCUUAGGGACAGCUAACUCAGAGGAUUCACACCUCUUCUAGUGAAUAAAAAUUGAUCACAGAAA